CUCUCAUUCGGUAGCAAGCUAGAGUAAUCUUGCUCUCUACCCACUUGAAAGUCCAUAGUAUAUAUUUCACUGCUUUUGAAUGAUCUUCUUCUUAUUCUUCCAAGAUUGAGAGAGAAAGAGAUAGAGAAAAAUAUUGGAGAUCAUAUUUAUGGAUUUGUUGUGGAUUACUGGAGUUUUAGUGGGUGGAUAUGUUAUUGUAUUUGGGAUUGUGAGGAACUUCAAUAACUGGUAUUAUGGCUUUAAAGAAGGGAAUAAGGGAAACCCUCUUCCUCCUGGUGACAUGGGUUGGCCUAUAAUAGGGAAUAUGCCUACUUUCCUCAAAACUUAUAUUUAUGGAGACCCUAAUUCUUUCAUCGCCAAUCUUUCUUCCAGAUAUGGAAAAAUAGGAAUCUACAAGACCCACUUGUUCUGGAGCCCAGCAAUUGUAGUCUCAGCGCCAGAGACAUGCAAACAGAUCUUGACCGAUGAUGAGCAUUUCAUUCUUGGUUAUCCAAAAACCAGCAAAACUCUAGGAGGUAGAAGAUCACUUCAUAGCAUUACAAGGGCCGAGCACAAGCGCGUUCGCCGCCUAGUAACUCCGGUACUUAAUGGCCAUGAGGCGCUAUCUUCUUACAUUGUUCAUGUUGAGAACAAUGCCAUUAACUCACUAGAAGAAUGGGUGAGCAUGAACCGCCCAAUCGAUAUCUUGGCCGAACUCAGAACCGUCGUCUUUAAGUUCAUCACGCACACUUUCAUUGGGGCCGAUGAUAACGAUGCUAUUGUGAGGGAGAUGGAAAUCUUGUUUACCGAUUUACAUGCCGGUUUGAUCUCUUUGAAUAUCAAUCUUCCUGGAUUCGCCUUCCAUAGAGCACUCCAGUCGCGGAAAAGGUUGGUGAAGAUCCUUCAAGCCGUAUUGGACAAAAAGAGAGCAGACGCAAAUGUUAAGGGAAAAACAGGAGGGAAAGACAUGAUGGAUUCUCUAAUGGCAUUAGAAGAUGAAGAUGGUCGGAAAUUAGGAGACGAGGACAUAAUAGAUCUGCUACUAUUGUUCUUGUUAGCUGGUCAUGAAAGCUCUGUUUUGGGUACCCUUUGGGGAAUGAUUUUCUUGACCGACCAUUCUCGUGUCUUUCAAAAGGCUAAGGAAGAGCAAGAGAUGAUCAUAAAAAAUAGACCACCUGACCAGAAGGGAUUGACUUUCAAGGAAAUUAAACAAAUGGGAUAUCUCGCUAAGGUAAUUGAUGAAAUGCUGCGACAAACUAACAUGGUCUUCGCAAAUUUCCGAGAAGCAAUAGCCGAUGUCAAUAUCAAUGGUUAUUUUAUACCAAAAGGAUGGAAGGUUUUUGCAUGGUCCAGAGGUGUUCACAUGGAUCCUGAAAUUUACUCUGACCCACUUGAAUUCAAUCCUGAGAGAUGGGAUAAUGUUAGACCAAGACCAGGGGCGUCCAUUCCUUUUGGGUUGGGUAGCAGAUAUUGCCCCGGAAGCGAUCUGGCCAAGCUUGAGAUUUCCAUUUUCCUUCAUUAUUUCCUGCUUAAUUAUAGGCUUGAGAGAGUUAAUCCCAAAUGCCCGGUGACUUACUUGACAGUACCGAGGCCUACAGAUAACUGCCUAGCAAGAGUAAUAAAAGUGGCUUAAUUAGUAUAUAUAUAUAUUGAUAAACUUAAUUAAUUGGUAUAACUAAUAUUAGAUUUAUAAGGUACGGAUCCAUAUAUAUAUAUAUAUAUAUAUGUAUUAUAUAUAUUAUGUAUCUGUGGAGUUAAUAUUGCUAUUCUACAUGUAGUUUCAGUUGGAAAAACAAUUAAUAAUGGUUCUCUUGGCGGCAUGUUAUUACUAUAAUUGAACUAUCCUAUAUAUUUUGUCAUCA